CAAAUUGUCGCUUUGGGAAUGUAUAAAACCCAAGCGUGCGCAAUAUCGUCACAACAGUUUACCGUCUACAUUCGUCAAGUAAAGAUAAAGUAUUUCGAAAACAAAAUGGCAAAGCGAGCGCUUAUUCUUUUAUAUCCACAAAACGAAGAGAAUGAAGUCACCACUCCGUACACCGUUUUGAAACGUGGUGGAGUGGAAUGUACUUUGGCUGGUCCAACCGACGAACCGGUCGUUGGUUCUUCCGGUAUGCUGAUUGUACCGGACAUGGCCCUCUGCGAAGCGAUGAAAAAAGGUCCCUACGACGUGGUGGUCACCGCCGGCGGCAAAUUCGGCUGGCAAUCUUUAUCGGAGGAUCGUGAUGUGGGCACUGUCAUGCGCGAACAAGAGAAAUCCGGACGUUUACUAGCCGCCAUUUGUACUUCGCCGAUUGCAAUGAAAGCGCAUGGUAUCAUGUUCGGACGUCGUUUAACUUCCUAUCCACGCGUAGAAAAUGUUGUCCGUGAGGGUGACAACUACAUCUACAAGUAUGACGACGUCGUCACCGAUCGCAAUCUGAUUACAUCCCGCGGACAUCGCACCACCUUCGACUGGUCGAUUAAAGUCUUGGAGUAUGUCACCGAUCGCGAGACUGCAAGGCGUGUCGCUGCAGAGAUGCUUAUGAUUGAUUAGUAAUACAAUCAUCAAGGUAAUUAAUACAUUACAUAAUGACAAUUCACUGUACGCGGCGUAACUUCGAGAACAAACGUUUUUAUUGGUUUAAUUCGAGUCAACCACACACGCAAAUGGCACUAAAACAUAACGCAACAGAAUAAAAAUAAAAUAUAAAUGCACUAACAAUAAAUUAACUUAGACACAUCUUAUAAAGAGUAUGAUGAAAUCAUGAAGUGUGAAAUAUGUUUAAAUCUUUGGGCUAUCAAUCAAAUUAUUCAUUCUU